CCAACAAGUGGAUACGCUUUCAGCUCUACUUCUCAGAUUGGUGGUCUUGCUCCUGAUAGCCGAAGCCUACGCUUUUUGAAGCAGGAGAUAGAUCUUCGGUGUGCUGUUCCUUUGUGGGGGUUUUACAACGCUGCUCUAAACUUUGGUGUCUCUGGGGGCGUCACAUUCCCAUGGGGAAGCGGAUACCAGAACCGCCCUUCCUCUGUGCCAGAGAGGUUCUUCUUGGGUGGCAAUUCGUCUCCUGUAUGCUCUUUAGGUGGGCCAUCAGCUCUAUGGGGAUUCAAGACCAGAGGACUUGGUCCCAACGAGCCAAAGAGGAAAGGAGAUAACGAAAGAGAUUUCGUUGGAGGAGACGCUGCCGUGACUGCAUUUGCGGAUCUCUCAUUUGAUUUGCCAGUGAGAUGGUUAAGAGAGAGAGGUGUGCACGGGCAUGUGUUUGCUUGUGCUGGGAAUAUGGCAAAGCUAUCAGAGAAUGAGUUUAGAAACUUAACUGCUCCAAAGUUGUUGGAGACGUUUAGAACUUCGGUUGGUGCUGGACUCGUGUUGCCAACUAGUCUUUUCCGUAUGGAGAUUAACUACUGCUAUAUAUUGAAGAAGCAGGAACACGAUCGAGCAAAAACUGGAUUUUUCCUGACAUUCUCGGCCUGAUGAAUUUCAGUUCAAGAAGGUACUCAAUAUGAUAUGGCCUUUCUUUCUUUUUUCUUAGCUGCUCUGCAAUGUCUGGCAGAAUCUUUGGUUUCAGCGCAUAUCUUAUAAAUUAUUUCAUUGUUGAAUCUAAACUGUUUUGUAAGAGUUGAUUUUUUUUUGUCAUAUUUUGCUUGGACUUCUCAUUUUUGGAUUCACGAGAAAUAAAAAAGAGGAAGAAUAAUUGUUCGUCUGAAAA